AUGAGUAAAUCUGAUGAUAAGAUUGCUUUGCCAAAAAGAAUCUCCGAACCUGGUACAAAUGGAAGCAUAUUGGAUAGAAUUAACAAGCACUCCAACAUGAAGUUGGUUGGUACAGUUGAAAACGUUUUGGGCAGAGAAUUCAAGAAGCUUGAAGAUUCAUUCUUGGCUCCGGUAAUUAAGAUGGGAAGGAGGCAGAAGCAUAUGGUGUUUUCAAGGCAUUUGAUUCAUCACUUACUCUUAAGGAGAAUUGAUAUAGGCAAGAAGGGUUUGUGGUUUUCUUUUGGAGAACAACUAAUGAGAUUUUCUCUAAGAGAAUUCCACUUGGCAACGGGUCUGCCUUGUGUUGUUGACAAAGAUGAAGAGGAAGUGGAGACUUCAGCAACAAAAAACAAGAAGAAAGACCCAUGGAUGAAGAAGAAUCAAACUUUAAACACCUUGCUUAAUCUACUUGUGAAAAAGAGUACAUAUCUUACCGUUGAUCAGAGAUUAAGGUUGGGAGCUACAAUCCUUGUGGAAGGGAUAUUAAUGGCAAGCAAUCCAGUGACAAGUAUACCAGAAGAGCGUCUGCUUAGAGCUAGAAAUUUCAAAGAGUUUUGCAAGUAUCCCUGGGGGAAUUUGGCCUUUGAUUAUUUAUGGGAAGAAGUGGAGAGCUUUACCUAUACAAAGUUGACGGAGAAAGAUCAAUAUGCGAUUUGUGGCUUUAUAUAUCCCCUUCAGCUAUGGGUGUUAUCUUCUGUGAAUCAACUAGGCACGUUCUUUGGUAUUAGGAAUGAUGAAAUUCAGUUUCUCUUGUGCUUGCAUUGGAUAGAAACCAAAUCGCUUACUAUUGAAGAGGUUAACAGAUUCGACAAAAUGGAGGAGAGGAUAUCGUUUGAAGAGAAUGGAAGUGUCGACAUUGCCGUUGCUGAAGCUGAAGUGGACGAAAAUAAUUCUGCUCCUAGGAUUGAUGCAACUGAUCAAGAAAAGAUUGAAUUCCUCACUAAGAAGGUAGUGUCUCUUGAAGAAAAAGUGGAGUACCUUGAAGGUCUUUUGAACAUUCGUAGAGAAACAGUGAAGGGAAAGAAGAAUGGUGUAAGACCUCCACGUGAAGUAGACCAUCAAGAAGAAGAUGAUACAGAAACACAAGAGGAAGAUGAACAACAACAAGAAGAUGACACAGAAGUCAAUGCAGAUGUGGACGUCAGUGCUAAAGAAAGUGAAAAUCCAGAAACCAAUGAAGAUGGAGAAAUGAAUGAGGAUGCAUCUAAAAAGCCCGUGAAGGUUACAAAGAAACGUGGAAGAGGAAAUAAGGGAAAUAAGAAAAGUGUAAAACCUCCACGUGAAGUACAACAACAAGUAGAAGAUGAUGCAGAAAUCGGUGCUAAAGAGAGUGAAAAUCCAGAAACCAAUGAAGAUGGAGAAAUGAAUGGGGAUGCAUCUAAAAAGCCCGUGAAGGUUACAAAAAAAGGUGGAAGAGGAAAUAAGGGAAUGAAGAAAGGUGUAACACCCCCACAUGAAGUACAACAACAAGUAGAAGAUGACGCAGAAGGAAUGAAGAAAGGUGUAACACCCCCAUGUGAAGUACAACAACAAGUAGAAGAUGAUGCAGAAAUCGGUGCUAAAGAGAGUGCAAAUUCAGAAACCAAUGAAGAUGGAGAAGUGAAUGAUGAUGCAUCUAACAAGCCCGUGAAGUUUACAAAGAAACUUGGAAGAGGAAAUAAGGAACCUAACGUUGACACAUCCAAAUCAAAAAGACAAAAGAAACAAGAAGAUUCAGCUGGUGAUGUGAUAGGACGUGUAUUGGAAGAUCUGAAAAAAACCGAUUAG